CGCCGUAUUUCAGUUGCGCCACCUGGAUUCAUGUUUAUUAUAGCUUCUGCGGUAAAUAUGAACACCAGGGGUUGAUCAGGUGAUGGAUGAAUUCGGACAUUAAUGAUAGUGGCCCCAUGAUGGGGUCGUGCAGAAUUCAAAUACAGGAGCGUUCCUGCUCAGUGCUUCCGCCCGCCCUAUCCGCUUUCCGCCAUGGGUUUCAAAGACGCACUGGCAGAUGUUUCGCGUUGUCGUAAUGCAUACACAAUCGCCCUAUCUGCAUCUAUGGGUUCCAUCUUAUUUGGUUGGGACACCGGACUUAUGGGCGGCAUUCUAACCCUUACAUCUUUCCAGAAUUAUUUCGGUAUCGAUAAGUUGUCCGCGUCUGCUCAAGCCAAUUUCAAUGGAAAUAUCGUGUCAGUUAUGCAGGCUGGAUGCAUCUUCGGUGUUUUAUUGACCAGUUGGGCGUCCAGUCGCUUUGGGCGGAAACGGUCUCUGAUUGCUUCGGGCGUCAUAUACGUCAUCGGAAGCAUGAUUCAAUCCAUCGCUGGCCUCGGAAGUAGCCAGGCUGUCGCUCUUCGAGUGCUAUACUUCAGUCGUGUCUUUGCUGGCAUCGGGGUGGGCAUGGUAUCCGCAUUGGCUCCCUCAUACAUAUCAGAGUGCAUGCCCAGACACAUUAGGGGGAGGUGUACUGGCCUCGUCCAGUUUUCUGACAAUAUCGGCAUGAUGCUGAGCUUCUGGGUGAAUUACAGCACUUCUAUCAACAUCCCAUAUAGCGACAUCCAAUGGCGCAUGCCUUUCAUAAUCCAGCUUGUCCCGGGCAUCAUCUUCAUCCUCCUCAUGAUUCCACAACCAGAGUCACCCCGUUGGUUGGUCGAGCAGGAACGCUACGACGAGGCCGCAAGGACGCUUGCAUAUGUUGUUCGAACGUCAGUCGAUGACAAAGUCGUUCUUCUGACACUCGACGAGAUCAAAGCGGACUACGUCGGCAAGCAACGGAUAUCUUUGGUCACACAGUUCCGCAUGAUGGGAGAGUCACGUCAAACUGCGCUUCGCUGCUUGAUCCCCUCCAUCCUUACCUUCUUUCAGCAAUGGACUGGUACAAACGCUGUCAACUACUUCAGCCCGCAGAUCUUUGACGCGCUUGGUGUCACCGGUACAGCAUCUGGCCUAUUUGCAACAGGAAUAUACGGUCUCGUAAAAGUCAUCGCAGUCGGUCUUACCCUUGCAUUUGCUGUGGAAAGUUGGGGUCGCAAGAUGUGCCUCUUCGUGGGUGCUGUGGGGCAAGGUUUGACCAUGCUCUGGAUCGGCGGCUUCGGCGCCGUCCACCCGCAGACUGCUCUUGUACCUGCGAGUUAUGUGUCAAUCGUCGCCGUCUACCUCUACGCAGUAUUUUACUGUAUCGGCUGGGGACCUCUGCCGUGGGUCGUGGCCAGCGAAGUUGCCCCCAACCAUGUCCGCGCAGCUACACUUACUGUCGCGAUCAGCAUCAACUGGUUGUUUUCAUUUACAAUAACACGCCUAACGCCGGUGAUGCUGGAGAAGAUCACAUACGGGACAUUUUUGCUCUUUGGCAUCUGCUGUAUAAUUAUGGCAGUGUGGACGUAUUUCUUCCUGCCUGAGACGAAAGGGUAUACGUUGGAGGACAUCAAGUAUUUGUUCGAGAAGGAUGUGAUAGUGAGGUCUUUGGAGGAUGCGCCUGGUGGUCGCGUGUUCCUUGGAGGAAAGCGAGCAACGCCUGUGGAGGAUAUGAAGGGAGGGACAGAUAUCCAAGAUUCGAGUGACACUGGUUCCCGAAAGGCGGAUGAAGAGUGUAUUGAAGUCUCUAGUUUCCACAUUUGACCAGUUUUAUUUCCUUAAGCGCUUGCACAGUGUACAUCCCCGACUCCCUGAAGGAUUUUGCACCUUGUGGUUUCAGUACAACGAGGAAUGUCAUCAUGCCAGCUCACAGUAUCUGCCCGUAUCUGUGGUUGGAGAUUCUAGAUGCCCUUGCAAUUGCCUUGUUUUUUAAA